AUGGGUAUGGCCCAGGGAGCCCUAGCCAUCGUGGUGCCCCAGACCUGUGUGGAUAGCCCCCACUGUGUGUCUCUCCCACAGUUCUUCCUCACAGAGAGCAACAUGGGCCAGAACCGGGCUAUAGCAUCUCUGCAGCACCUCGCCAAGCUGAACUCCCAUGUGUUGGUGACAGCCCACACGGGAGAGCUGUCGGAGAGCUUCCUUGCCUCCUUCCAGGUGAGCAGGCUCUGGUGCUCCUGUGCACUGAGCUGGCAAGAGUGGUCCCUAGCUGGGUCCCUAGCAGCAGAGGAGUGGUCUCUGGCUGGGCAGCUAUUUUGUGAUUUUGGGGACCACUUUGUUGUUCAUGACCCAACAGAAGCCGACCCUGUUUGUGCCUCUGUGCAGCACAUCUCCCAGGGCAACCCAGGAAUUGUGACCUGUGUGGCAGAAGAGGGCCGUGGCCACCUUUUCUCUGAUGGUGACAUGGUGACAUUCUCAGGCGUGGAGGGCAUGACUGAGCUGAAUGGCCGGGAGCCCUACCCUAUUCGUGUGCUGGAUGCCUUCUGCCUGGAGAUUGGUGACACGAGCUCAUUCUCGCCAUACCGCUGUGGGGGCCUAGUUUUGCAGGUGCAUCUGCCCCAAGAGCUCUCGUAUGAACCCCUGCGCAAGGCCCUGAUGAAGCCAAAGAUUCAAGUGUCAAAUCCUGAAGACCUACCACGCAGCCGCAGCCUACACAUGGCUUUCCAAGCCCUGCACGCUUUCCGCAAAGAGCAGGGACGCCUACCUCGGCCCAGGGUGCAGGGGGAUGCCGAGCGGGUGCUGGAGCUGGCACGGAGCCUGGAUGAGCAGCAGGAUCCCCUGGACGAGGUUGUUGUGCGAGCCUUUGCUAGUGUGAGCGCAGGGGACCUGGGUCCCAUGGCUGCCUUCGUUGGGGGUCUGGCAGCCCAGGAAGCACUGAAGGCUGCCUCAGGGAAAUUCCUGCCACUGGACCAAUGGCUCUAUUGCGAUGCCUUGGAGUGCCUGGCCUUGGAGGGGGCUGCACAGCUGACAGAGGAGGACUGCGCCCCAAGGGGGUCUCGGUAUGAUGGUCAGAUCGCUGUGUUUGGGGCUGACUUCCAGGAGAGGCUGGGCCACCAGAAAUACUUUGUGGUAGGAGCUGGUGCUAUUGGCUGUGAGCUGCUGAAAAACUUUGCCAUGAUGGGGUUGGCUGCGGGGACAGGCGGGGACAUCACGGUGACUGACAUGGACACCAUUGCACGCUCCAACCUUCAUCGGCAGUUCCUUUUCCACCCGGCGGAUAUAUCGAAGCCAAAGUCAGAGGUGGCAGCUGCAGCUGUGAGGUGCAUGAACCCCGACAUCAAGGUGACAGCGCACCAGAACCAGGUGGGGCCUGCCAUGGAGCUGAUCUAUGGGGCUGACUUCUUCAAGCAGCUGGAUGGCAUCGCCAGUGCCCUGGACACCAUGGAGACCCGCGCCUACUUGGAGAGCCGCUGCAUCCACUACCUCAAGCCGCUGGUGGACUCGGGCAUGGAGGGCACACGAGGGAAUGUGCUUGUCAUGGUGCCCCACCUGACCAAGCUCUUGGGGACUGCCAGUGACCCUGUGGACAAGACCUUUCCCCUUUGCACUCUGCGACACUUCCCCCAGACCAUUGAGCACACGCUACAGUGGGCCCGCGAUGAAUUUGAGGGGCUCUUCAGGAUGCCUGCAGAGAACGUCAACAAGUUCUUAGCAGACUCAACUUUCCUGGAGCACCUGGAGGCACCAAAGACACUGGAGGUCCUGGAGCAAGUGUGGAAGAGCUUGAGGGAGAGGCCGCGGGACUGGCAGGACUGUGUGCGCUGGGCCCGCCAGCACUGGCAGAGCUGCUACCACAACACCAUCUCCCAGCUGCUGCACACCUUCCCCCCAGAGCAUGAAACCAGCCCAGGUGUUGCCUUCUGGUCAAGGGACAGGAGGUGCCCCCAUCCACUGACAUUUGACCCCGAUAAUGACAGCCGUGUGUUGUGUGUCAUGGCUGCUGCCCGCCUCUUUGCUCAGACGCACAAGAUUUUGGCUCACGAUGAUUGGGCAGCCGCUCGGGAGAUCCUCCGUAGCCUGGUCCUACCACCCUUCAUACCCCAGAACGGGCUCCAGAUCCACAUCACAGAGGAAGGGCAGGAGGUCCAGGAGGCUGUGGACCAAGGGCGGCUGGCAGAGCUCACCCAGGAGCUGGCACGGUGGAGACGGGAGCUGGUAGAGGCUGAGGAGAUGCAAAUACCCAUCAUGGAGCCCAUCCACUUUGAGAAGGAUGACAGCUUCCACGUGGACUUUGUCACAGCUGCAUCCAACUUGCGUGCAGAGAAUUACGACAUCCCUUGUGCUGACUGGCUCACGAGCAAGCGGAUUGUCGGGCGGAUCGUGCCUGCCAUUGCCACUACCACAGUGGCCGUGGCCGGCCUGGCAUGCCUGGAGAUCUACAAGCUGGUGUGGGGGUGCUGGGACCGCAGCUGCUACCGCAACAGCAACCUGUGCCUUUCCAACUCCCUGCUGCACCGCCUCCAGCCUCUGUCACCCACCACCUACAGGUUUGGCCAGAAGGAGUGGAGCUGCUGGGACCGGCUGGAGGUGCAGGGGAUCGGUGCCAAUGGGCAGGAGAUGACCGUGCAGGAGCUCCUGGACUGGCUGCAGAAGGUGCACGGGCUGGCUGUAGUCAUGCUUCUGCACGGCUACACCGUGCUCUACAACAAGGAGCAGGAUGAGGAGACACGGGCCCAGCAGCAGGCACAGAGGCUGUCGGAGAGCCUGGAGGGUGCUGGAGAGCCACGGCCUCGGGAGCUGGAGCUGCAGUAUGUGUGUGAGGGAGAAGAGGAUCAGGAUGAGGACACCUGCCCCCGGCUCCUCUGCUACCUACCCUGAGCCUGGAAUGGGACACCAGAGGGAGCAGGCCCUGGCUGCCCUUUGGGGCCACAUGGUGCUGGGUGCCCCCAGUAAUAAAAGCUGCAGGAUUA